GCUCCACGGUGCACAAAACCUUGUGGACCUUUGGAUGCUGUGUGCAGGGCUCAGGCUGAGGUCGUUUGCGACCUUGGUGUUUUCUCCUUAAAUGAAAGAAAACCGUUCUCCCUUCUCUUGCAAAGCACCUGAUGCUGUGAGCAGCUCUCCUCCCUGGGGAGCCCCUGGGGACCAGCAGCCGGCCGGGAUUUCUGUGCAGAUGGGCCUGGUUUAACAUCAGCUUUUUGGUUUGUUUGGUGGUUUUAGGUUUGUGCUGGCCGUGGGCAGCGCCGUCUUCGAUGCCAUGUUCAAUGGUGGGAUGGCCACGACUUCCACAGAGAUCGAGCUGCCCGACGUGGAGCCUGCUGCCUUCCUGGCUCUGCUGAAGUUUCUUUACUCAGAUGAAGUUCAGAUCGGACCAGAGACUGUUAUGACGACCCUUUACACAGCUAAGAAGUACGCAGUGCCAGCCCUGGAAGCUCACUGUGUGGAGUUCCUGAAGAAGAACCUCCGAGCAGACAACGCCUUCAUGCUGCUGACACAGGCGAGGCUGUUUGAUGAGCCUCAGCUGGCCAGCCUGUGCCUGGAGAACAUCGACAAGAACACGUCCGAUGCCAUCAACGCAGAGGGCUUCACUGACAUCGACCUCGACACGCUGGUGGCCGUGCUGGAGCGCGACACGCUGGGCAUCCGGGAGGUUCGUUUGUUCGGAGCCGUGGUUCGCUGGUCGGAGGCUGAGUGUCAGAGGCAGCAGCUGCAGGUGGUGCCUGAGAACAAGAGGAAGGUGCUGGGCAAAGCGCUGGCGCUCAUCCGCUUCCCACUGAUGACGAUUGAGGAGUUUGCAGCAGGGCCGGCCCAGUCGGGGAUCCUGACGGACCGGGAGGUGGUCAGCCUGUUCCUGCACUUCACCGUGAACCCCAAACCGCGCGUGGAGUUCAUCGACCGGCCGCGCUGCUGCCUGCGGGGGAAGGAGUGCAGCAUCAGCCGAUUCCAGCAGGUGGAGAGCCGCUGGGGGUACAGUGGGACUAGUGACAGGAUAAGGUUCUCGGUGAACAAACGCAUCUUCGUGGUUGGCUUUGGGUUGUACGGCUCCAUUCACGGCCCCACAGACUACCAGGUGAACAUCCAGAUCAUCCACACGGACAGUAACACGGUGCUGGGGCAGAACGACACGGGCUUCAGCUGCGACGGCUCCUCCAACACGUUCCGUGUGAUGUUCAAGGAGCCCGUGGAGGUUCUGCCCAACGUCAACUACACGGCGUGCGCUACUCUGAAGGGCCCCGAUUCUCACUACGGCACCAAAGGGCUGCGCAAGGUGAUUCACGAAUCGCCCACCAGCGGCGCCAAGACCUGCUUCACCUUCUGCUACGCGGCCGGGAACAACAACGGCACUUCGGUGGAGGACGGACAGAUCCCAGAGAUCAUCUUCUACACAUAGUGCCGCCGCGGGGCCACGGCGCUGCACCGCGCCCGCCUUCGGCUCGGAGCCCGA